AGCCCUAGUGCGUACCAGGAAACAGAAGUAAGUAGUCAUGCAGACAGCCUAAGUUUACAGGCACACCAGACACCUUACAACCAUGCAAAUUUUUGUAGUGCUUCCCUCAACAGGAGACUUCUCUCACCGAACCUGUAGCGCUCACUCAUGCUUUUGAAAGUGAAGCAGCUGUAAGUGCAUGCAGCACUUUUGCACCACUUAUUGACACACUGAAUGUUGAUUUGUUUAACAGGCUGAGUAGUGUAAGCGCUUUUCAAUUCCUCUUCACACAUUAUGAAAGAGUAAGCAGUCAUGCGAAGUCUUCUGCCUUCUUGUAUUGUCAUAUUUAAAGGUAACUUAACUUCAACAGGUUGCAGCACACACCGAAACCACAUCAGUCAGCAAUGUUCUGGGGAAUGAAGAUGUAAGUGCUCACACAGUCUGUCUAGGCUUCUGAACAUGGUGCCUGUUUAAGAAGUACACCCAUUAAUAUGGUUUCUCCUUUCAUAGGCUUACUGCAGUGAAAAUAUAUUUGACAGCCCAGGCACAGUUUAUGAACCACAUGUUUCCCUUCAAGGAGCUGCACUGGUCACAUGUACAUUCGAUAAGAAACCAGAUGUGAGUGUGCAAGCAUGCUCCUCUCCACAUGAUUAUGUCUACUGCCUGUGUGAUGCUGCAAUGAUGAUUGCUGCUGUGCUUUGUUUACAGGCUGCCACUUAUGGUGUAACUACUCCAGACAGCACUGUUGCAGAAAAUGAAGUUUGUGCAAGCUUAACAUCAGAUCACGAAAGUGAUAUUUGUGCAAGCAGAACAGAGCACAUCAUGACAAGCGAAAGUACAAAGGUGACGAAAGAUAGCUCCACACAAUGGGAAUUGCCGCCAACUGACCAUUCAUACACAAGCACGAGACAUCCCAUGAUCGUGAAAACUAUUUCCUAUCGAACACUGACCAGUGAUGACAUUCUUUUUUACACUGGCAUUCCUGUCGCUGUAUUUGACAAACUCGUGUCAGCACUGAAGACUCAGGACAAGACAGUCCGCAAGGUUUUGACCAUCGAAGACCAGCUGCUAUUGACCCUCAUGAGGCUUAGACUUGGCCUCCUUUGUGGAGAUCUAGCAAGACGAUUCGAGGUCUCAGUCGCUUAUAUUUCUAGAACAUUUUCGAGAGUGCUGGACGACCUGGUGAAGAUCAUGCAAGAAGUUGUUGUAUGGCUGCCUCGCUCAAGGUGGCGGGCAAGCAUGCCAGAGAGUUUCAGAAACAGUGAGUACAGUCGUACAACAUGCAUAUUUGACUGCACUGAGGCACUAAUGCAAAGGUCACGGAAACUGAUGGCCAGAUCCCAAUGUUACAGCCAAUACAAGGGUGCAAACACAAUGAAAUUUCUUACCGUCAUAGCACCAAAUGGAUUUAUAAUGUUCGUGUCAGAUGUGUAUGGAGGCAGGGCCUCAGACAAAUACGUUGUAAAGACAUGUGGAGUGGAAGAAUACCUCCUUCCAGGGGACGAGAUAAUGGCAGACCGCGGUUUCAAGCUUGACACUCAUCUUGAAGUUCAAGGGAUUAAAAUGAACAGGCCUGCAUUCACAAAAGGAAAGGAUCAGCUACCUGAAAGUGAAGUCACCGAAACUAGGCGCAUCGCUUCGCUGCGAAUUCAUGUUGAGCGGGCAAUCAACCGAAUCAAGACGUACAGAAUUUUCAAACAAGUACUGCCCAUCAAGUCAAGAAAGUAUGCUAGCAAAAUUGUCCUUGUUUGUGCGGGACUCUGCAACCUUAAAAGUCCACUCAUCAAUGAACUAACUCGAGCGUAAAUAUCCCAUAUAUAUUGUAAUUUUUGCCCUAAGCGCUCUGUGAGAAGUGAGUAGGGUAAACGACACUUCACUUCAGUGAUGCUGUUUUUGUAACCUCACUGGUCUCGUACCUGUGAAGCUUAUGAAGUGAUAUGAGGCCAAGGUGUAAAACAGGUGGUUGAAUGUUGUUUAUUCUUUCAAUAUACUUAGAGGGCUCUAAUGAAGCAGACAUUAUGAAUAAAUAAAAAUUUGC